GCGAGCGUCAGUCGAAUACACGCAGCCGAUGGGACGGCUGUAUGCUACAUAGAAUGGUGUAUGUUUGAAAAGUGUUUUAAUAAUAAUAUUAAAAAUGGAUUUAUUAAGUGAAGCGAGUAAUGGACCGAGGGUGCUCACAGCUAGACAUAUUUCUGAUAUACCACCGGAAAUAAAUCAUCCGAUAAAUACAACCCUAUUGUGUCAUACAUAUAGCCUGCAGCCGGAUUUUGCUUCAUAUACCGCAGUUCUCAAAUCAAACGCAUAUGUUAUUUGGUCGCUUGGAUUGUUGGUGGUUUUGAUAAUAUGUGUAAUGUACGUGGUAACGUUGCGAUCUGCGUUACGACAUUGGAAGGACUCGAAAACCAGUGCAGCUAUCGUCCUGGCUGUAUAUCCGUUGGUGGCUUCAGCCGCUUUUCUUGUGACGGUGGUGCCUCGAGCCUGUAUUCUGGCCGAAGCAAUCGCGCAAGAGGCAGUAAUGGUGGCCAUGUACCACUUCUACUUCAUGGUAAUCGCAGAGAGCGGUGGGGUUAACCAACUUGUUAGACGUUCUGAAGGAUCUCGGUUGGAAACCAGAGUGUUGCCAUGCUGUUGUUGGCCUUGUUGUAUUCUGCCUCGCCCUCAAGUACAAAAGAAGAGUUUGACGUGGUUGAGGUAUCUGGUGCUUCAGAUGCCAGUCAUUCAAGCUUUUAUAUACGUCAUUAUCCUCAUACUUUGGGCCGAAGACAUGAUGCUAUAUUUGAAUAGUCUUAUCUAUAUAAUACCGUUCGUAGCAGCGUCGAUUCUGUCCGGAGUGUGGGGGGUGAUCAUGUGCAUUAAGACAGCGGAGGCGGUGGGUGCUAAACCUAAACCUAGGUUCUUAGCCCUUCAACUCGUCCUCAUCAUAGUCAAACUACAGUGGGGCAUAACGAAAAUGUUGCCAGGAAUGCUUAAAUUACCCUGUCAUACGGCAUUACAUCCUUCCGUAUUUGUUAAUUUGGUACAGAGUAUCGUUAUGAUGCUGGAAAUGCUUUUGCUCUCUAUUUGGGCCUAUCGAUUGUAUAGUGUUCCACCGGGUAAAGACGCUGAUAGAGUUCAACAUAUAGUGGUCGCCGUGCUUGAGGACAGCCUUAGCACUAGUGACAAAACUAAAGAGGAUAAGAGUUGAAAUAUAAUAUUUGUAACAGUAAAUUAAUUUGUUCAAAUGACAAUUUAUAUAAUUUUAUUGUGUUGUGAUGUAUAUAAACUUCAAUAAGUUACCAUUAGCGCCAUAUUUUUGUUUAUUUUUGUUUUAAUUUUUAUCAUAUACUUUUAGUUUUAAAAACUACAUCGAGCAAAGUACCUGAUUUUCUGUGUCUGUGUUUUGAUUUAUUGAAUAAAGAUAAGAGGUUAAUUA